AUGAAUAUCGAAUACCCGGAGUAUUUAAUCAAGGGACCAUCGAGUGGAGAGCCAGCCUAUCUAGAAGGUGAUAAGCUGUCAUUCAGCUGCUUCCAAACCCACAUUAUCAAAGGCGACACUGAGUUUCAAUGUCAGAAGAUCCGAAAUGAAGACAACACAUGGAGAAUGCAGUGGACACAAGGAGGUCAACCUUGGUGCAGACAUAGAGCCAAGGACAAUAUUCUCGUAUGGUUACAAUGGAUGUCCAUUGCUUUGGCUAUCAUUCUUGUACUUAUCGGCAUAUUCACCAUCUUCUGGGUCAUCAAACAGUCGGACCGAAAAAAGAGAGGUUCACCACCGAGGAGCGCCAGUAUCGUUGGACCGGAAGCGGAGCCGCUGACUAUGUAUGAGAAACCGAGGUCAUUAGCGCAACGUUCGGAGGCGUCAGACAUCCCGAUGUUUGAGCGAGAACCACGAAGUCGUCCUUCAGGCGCGACUCCGACACUGUAA